GCAACGGGUUGUUGCUACUCUUUGCAAAGCAGCGCGCCUUUCUCGAAACCCAAGAGAGAUUUUCCUUGAGCGCUGGCUCCCGCCACGAGCCAACGCCCCGAUGAACGCAGACGUUUUGUCACCCACCCCCGAUCCCAGACGCGAGACCCUGGACUAUUACUACAGGAUCUACCAGAGUCUGUUUCUGCAGCCGCCGCGGAUCUACCAGGAUAAGCUGUUAGAUUUUGAGGAAAAUGUCAGCAACCUGUUUGAUUCCGAUCCCAUCAUUGAGCACUGCUUCCGGCAGUUCAAGCAGAAGGACUUCCAACUGCCCGAGAGUCGCCGGAGGAUCAUCAUCCUGCCUCAGAGGCAGGAGCCAGUGCCCAGGGAUCCCACCCUCCCGCCCACGCCACCCCCGCCCCCCGUCCCCAGCUACAAAGCCCUAGAAAACGGUGAUAUCCAAGGGCAGCCCGAGGACAGUAAGACCUGGCUGAUCCGCAGGCUGAGGCUCCGGAAGGAGCUGGAGUCGUUCGGUGACGUGAAGCGGUGGCUGGAGAACAAACCCAGUAUCACGCCUUCAGAGGCCAAGGUGCUGCACAUGAUCCACAGAGAGCUUGACGCCCAGAGGGACCUCGCCUUGCGUACUUUCAAGGCCACCAUGGUAAAACCCGUUCAAGCCUCUCCAAAAUCGGUGCCCCGUCUCCGGCUGCCCAAGCCCCCCGCACUGUCAGACAUGUACUCCUUCCUGCGCAGCCGCAAGGUCAAGGUCCUGGAGCUGUUUCACAAGGCAGACCGGGAUUGGAAGCAGAGGAUCUCCAGGGAGGAGUUCAUCAUGACUUUGAAGGCAGCCGGAGUCCCUCUGAGUGGCCAGGAGGUGGAGGACAUCGUGGUCUAUCUCAGCUCUCUGGGGAGGCACAAUAGCAUCACCAUGGACAACCUGGCCAACAGCUACAAACAGUGGUCUCUGAGUCGGCAGAGGAGCACCCUGCGCACUAGAAGAGAGGACGUGGAUAAGGAGAAGAGUUGCCUCAGGAGCUCCGUACGUAAACAAAAGGACUCGACCAUUUCCAAGAUGGACCUUCUGACGGUGCCCGAGGUGGACGUGGAGACAGAGGCUCGGCCCAUGACCCUGGAGGAGAUGGAGGAGGUGGACAGGUGGUACAACGAGAAGAAGCAGCAGUACAAGUACUCUCACCGGGUGCACCGAGGGAAGGAGCAGGUUGACGCCCACUGCCUCCCGUCCACCAUCCCUGGGGACAUGCAGGGGCUCAUCCACAAGGCCCGCAAGGACGUCUUUCUGGUCUACCUGCAGUGCUGCAGUCUCUGUGAGUCCUACGGCCUCCCGCUGACGGAGGACAUCCUCAUGAGAGCUCUGCUGUACCCUGGAGACAAGAUUAUUUUCCACAAGGGCCAGGUGCGCCCCAUCCGGCAGCCCGGAGGCUUCUAUUCUGACUGGAAGAUCACCCCGAAAGUGGCUCCCUUCAAGCGCUUCAAGAAGUCUGGGGCCGAGAGGAAAAUGUUCAAAACGAAGAAAAUGUGCUUUACGGACUUUGAGAAAUUUGCCAGGAGGCUGAAGAAGAAGAGCCCCAGUGGUUCCCCCACAACUCACCCGAAUUCCUUCUGGCCGGGUCACCUGCUGGAUAAGCUGCGGCUCUACCUGCCCACCGUGGCCCAGGAGAGCAGCCUGGCCCUCUUCAGUCAUGUUCGACACAAGCCCCAAGUCUACCCAGCCAUCCACCACCCAAACCAAUGGUGGCCCCUAAGGGACACCAGUGACAUGACCCGUGUCCACUAUGAUUGCACCAAGAUGUACUUCAUCAGCUAGUGCCCGCCACAGCCACCCGGAGCCAGCAGCCAGGACCCUGCGCCACGGACCCAGAGUGUCAAAGAGCCAGAAAAAAUAAAUAAUUUCAGGGGGACGGCCUGGGCUAGUGUCCCAGUGGGAAAAAAAAUGUGACAUCCACAGUCGAGGGGAGAGAUAAAGAAUGUCCACGAGCUUCUGCCCUUUUCAAUGGUUAUUCACUCAAAUCAUCCAACACGAUUCCACUCUAUAGGUUCCUGUGUGUGUGGUGCUGGGGAUGGAUCCCAGGGUGAGCUCUACCAACUGAGCUCUGUCCCCAGCCCCAAAGAAUGACAGUCCUUAAUGCUGGGCACUGCCACAGGCAUGAUCCAUUCACAGCCAACAAUUCUAGGUCGACGCUAAGCGCUGUCAACACACCAUGACAGACCUGUUACACGCCUUCCCUCCGCGUGCCAAGUGUGAGUGCUGGGUUUAGUCUGGAGUCUGGGGCCUUAAGUCCAGCCGAGGCGCACUCAGACCACAGUGACCAGGUCAGGGACCAACAGAGGCUUGUCCUGGGAGAAGCUGCUGUCCUCACCAGGGUCAAGAGGUUGCUGUAGAGUUUGAGGAUGAUGCAGAGGAUCAGGAAGAGGGUGAGGAGAGCUAGCAUGUCCGUCCAGGUCCUCCUCAGGGUCCCCUGCAUGUGGGCAUCAGUGUCGCCAGCUCUAAUGUCGCCAGCAUUGGCUCCCAUGUUUAUAUUAAAGUUUGGGAGCAUCUGCCCACGCUUU